AUUGUGAAUACGGAUCCAGCUCAGCUCCACUGCCUGCCUUGCCCCGAAGCGCCCGAUUCUAGGGACUCUUCUCCAGUGCCUGAGAUUGAUGGGCCUGAAGAAAAUUAUGCAUCCUUGCAAAUGUCAUCUGCUGAGACCCCCCACACGGAGACCAUCUCUCCUCUUCCUUCCUCCAUGGAUCUACUUGUUCAGGACAGCCCCGAUUCUUCCACCAGUCCCAGAGUAAAAGUGCUACCCACUUCUGCAGAGGAGAUCACCGCGAAGAAGGACGAUCCAGCUCAGGGCAAGAAACAGAAGAUCAGAACCGUCUUCUCUCAGACCCAGCUAUAUGUACUCAAUGAUAGAUUUCAGAGACAGAAAUACCUCGGCCUCCAGCAGAUGCAAGAACUUUCCAACAUUCUGAACCUUAGCUAUAAGCAGGUUAAGACCUCGUUCCAGAACCAGAGAAUGAAAUGUAAGAGGUGGCAAAAAAACAACUGGCCAAAGAAUAACAACACUGUGACUCAGAACAGCUCUGCAAAUCCAGAAUACCCAGGCUUCUAUUCCUAUCACCAGGGAUACCUGAUGAACAUUUCCGGAAACCUUCCAAUAUGGGGCAACCAGACCUGGAACAGCCAGUCGUGGAGCAACCAGACCUGGAACAGUCAGACCUGGUGCCCCCAAGCCUGGAAUGGCCAGGCCUGGAACAGUCAGCUGCACGACUGUGGAGAGGAAUCCCCGCAGCCCCAGAUACAGUUACAGCAAAAUUCUGUCAGCGAUUUGCAGUCCAUCUUAGAAACGACUGGGGAAAGCCACAGUGUAAUACAGCAAAAGGCUAAGUAUUUUAGUGCCCAGCAAAUAAUGGAUUUAUUCCCAAACUACUCUGAACAUACAGCCUGAAGUCAUGUGACCAUCAGUGUAUUAAUCCGUCUCCAUUUGGGCGAUGGCUGUAUUACUUCUAGGAUUUGUUUGUUAGGGUCCUGUAUCUCUGCCUUGAUAUUCUGUUUUUCAUUAUGUUUAUUCUGUCCAUCAAGGGGGAACGGCAGGAGUCUCAUCAAAGAGGAUUCCGUAGCUUUGGCUGCUUUGAACAACAUGCGGAAAUACGUUUC